AUGGCCCUGGGGGCAAUGUUGGCACAAGAAGUAGAGAAUAUGGAGAGAGCCAUCUAUUACAUCAGUAAGAAACUCCUUGCUUAUGAGGAGAAUUAUUCACUAAUAGAAAGAACUUGUUUGGCUAUAGUAGGGGUAACUAAGAAGUUAAGGCACUACUUUCAGACCCAUCGAGUUAUUGUAGUAUCCCGGAUGGAUCCUUUAAAGUACCUAUUUGAAGUACUGACGCUAGUUGGAAAAUUGGCCAAAUGGUUGGUUCUAUUGUCUGAAUUUGAUAUUGUGUAUGAGACUCGAAAAACCAUCAAAGGGCGUGUAGUGGUCGAAUUUCUUUCUAAAAAUCCAGUUAAUGAAGAGGAAGAAGUCGAAACAGCCUUCCCGGAUGAGAGUCUCAAGCUAGUAGAGGUCCAGCCAUGGAAAAUGUACUUUGAUGGGGCCAUGAAUAAGAGCAGAGCCGGUAUAGGGGUAGUUUUGGAAGCACCGAAUGGAGAACAAUUGUUAAUGACAAAAAGGUUAUGUUUCCCAACCACUAAUAAUAUUGCAGAAUAUGAGGCUUGCAUUUGUGGCCUAGAGGCAUUAAUAGCUGUUGGGGCUAAAAAAGUGGAGGUGUUCAGAGAUUCAAUGCUAGUGGUUUCCCAUAUUAAAGGUGAAUGGGAAUUGAAAGAAGAAAAGUUGAGGCCAUACCUGGAGUAUGCUAAGAAACUAUUAUUUAGCUCUGAGGAAGUGACAAUGAAGCACAUGCCUAGAGCUCAGAACCAGAUGGCUGAUGCUCUAGCCACGUUGGCAUCCUUAUGGGAGAAGGGUGAUCAGAAGCUGACCCAGCAGUUAUCCUAA